AUGAUAAUGGGACAACAAUUAUUUAAAGUAAAUUUUCAAAAUAUUGAUUGCAAGGAUGCACAGCUCAAUUCACUUGAGAUUGCAAUGGAUUAUGGUCAUGAACAUAUUCAUUUUUUUUCUCCAAUUGAAACUGAUGAAACAACAACGAUUCAACAUGAAACAUUAUUUAUUGACAAACAUCGUGAGCGUCUUUUUCAAUUAACUCAUUCGAAUGAAUUGCAACAAAUCGAUACAGAAAUUAAUCGCAUUCUUACCGACGACGUUUUUCCUCCUAUAAAAGAAUAUUACGAAAAAACUAUCGAAACAUUAAAACUAAAUUUAGAAAACCAACAUCAACUUAAUAUAUCUUUAACAAACAAAUUUAAACAAGAUGACGAUGAGAAUGAAUCGAUUGAAGACGAAACUGAACAAGUUUCUUCGUUUGCCAUUCAAUCUUUAACAUCAAUUUUACUUCUUUUAAUUAAAUCUGCAGAAAAAAACGAUUCAACAAUUAUUCUACAAAUCAUUACAUUAACUUCUCAAUUAUGUGAACAAAUUCCGAUACAAAAGUCAUCGAUAUUAUCUAAUAAUAACUUACUAUUUCAAGCACUACAACCCGUGAGAGAUUUUUUCAAUGAAUUAUUAGUGAGAAAUGAUCCAAUUAUGACUAAAGCAGUAAUGAAAAUUCUACUGAGUUUCUCCAUUGCUCAAUUUUCCUUCCAGGAAAUAUUACCUUUAUUAGCUCGAUUAAUAUUUGAUAUCGAAACAAUUUACGAUGUUCGACGUUUGUUUAUUCAAAUGAAUAAGGUUCUGACAGCAUCCAUAAAAAUGCACGAACAAAACAUCGAUAUCAUAACAACUUUCGAAACGAUGAACUUCCUAAAGUCAGUUGGAGUUUAUCCAACUACACAACUGAUGCAAUUAAAUAAGAAACUGUUUACUGGUCAAUUUAUUGCUUCAGUAAUUCUUUCGUAUAUCGGUUUUGAUCAUCAAAUUAAUUCUAAUGAGCAACUGAAUCAUCAUCCAAAGCAAGAACCAUUUUCAUUCGAAUUUCAUCAACAAACAUUUCAAAUUCUAUUUGAUAUAAUCAAACAAUUAACGUCUGUUUCCAAAGAAAAUUCCAAUUCUGUUAUUUUUUAUAUAUUGACUAUUUGUGUAAGGUUAUUUGUUACACAUCUGAAAUAUUUAUCUGCAAUUCAUUUGAAUCUUCAUGGAAAACUAUUGCAAACUAAUGACAGGAUAAGAAAAAUUCUUCCACCAUUUCAUCAAACGAACUUCGAUCUUAGUGAAUUCGUCAACGAAGAACAAUUGACUAGCUGGUUUGAAUUAUUCUUGAAUCUAUCUCAUGAACAAAAUUCAAUCUCUGAAGAAGCAUCGAAAGCAAUUGUUUAUCUUCUUCAUCUACGAAUGUUAUCAUUUACAGACAAAUUAUCUUUCAUGCAUCAAUAUAUCAUCGAAAAUCAACAUCCGAUCCUCAUUAAUCAAUUGAUGAACGAAUUGAAUAAAAAUGAAACUUUGCUUUGCUGGAUCGAAAUACUUCGCAAUGAGAAUAAUAACGAUCAAACAGAAAGAACUAAAGCAUUACAUAUUUUAGAAUCUUUUAUCGAAAUUUAUUUCAAUUCAUCCGAACAGAUAAACAAAGAACAAAUCGAAAAAAUACUAUUAUUAUUUCAACAACUUCUCAUUGGUCAAAUGAUCCCGCGGAUGACUAGUGAUGAUUCUAUUCAUGAACCAAUUGAUGUUCCUAGUUCGGUAGCGAUUCAAUAUCUAACAUAUUUAUUUCGACAUUAUUCCAGAACGACAGAAAGUACUUUGUUUGAUUCUGCUAUCGUUGGUUUGUGUUUAAUGACGAAGACUGAUGAAAUGUUCGAUUUCAUGGCUAUUCAGUCUGUCUUUGCUGCUAUUUUACCAAUAUUAGCUGAUUCUAUGUUACAAAGCGUCACGAAGGAAAAUGUGAUCUCGAAUUAUCAUGGUCUUCUUUCUUGGUUGAUAGGAAAAAUGACUUUUGUACUGAUUAUUGGAUCACCAUUAGAUUCUUCAGAAAUCAAACAUGGAGAGAUAAUGCAGUCAAAGAUUUUCGAUGGUGGAUAUGAAAAAUCAAUCUCCGAGAAAAGUAUUUACCUAUCAAAUUUAUUCCAUUCGAAUCUUUCCAAUUACAGUCAAUUUACAUUGCAAAAUGACACCGAAGAAUCAGCAUCAGACAAGGAAUUUUUAAUGUCUGUCUUUGAUAAUAUUGGUGAUGGUGCACGGCUAAUCACGAAGAUGAACAUGUUUCUGAAAGAGAGAAAUUAUAUCUUACAACAAUCAAUUGAAGAACAAGCCAAUGAUUUAGUCGCUGCUGUGUAUGCAGUAUACAUCAAACAUUUUGAUCGGAUUAAUCUCGCCAAAAUGGAAAUGUUCGAAACGAAUCAACGACAUACUCAAAGUCAUCUUCUUUCCAUCUUUGAAUAUGCUAAUCAUGUUCGAACUAUAUUGAGAACUAUCAAAGCCGAAGGUGGUGAUUGCGAUGAAUUCUAUCGACAGGUGAAAGCUAAUGCAUCGUUUCUUCUUUUAUCGAUCGGAAAACAUGAUUCUAUUCCUUCAAAUGUGGAAGAAACGCCACCGCCAGCGAUCGACUUGCCACCGCUAAAACCACCUCAAUUUCAACGACAAAUCUCUCGAUGGUCAAAAGCGAAACAUGUUUUGAAAUUACUUCGUCAUCUAAUGCAAGCUUGUAUUCGAUUCAAGAACUUAAUGCGCAAGAAACAAGCGCGACAACAACGCGAUGAUGCAGAAAGUCUUCUCAGGCGAGCUAUUGAUCAAUUUAUUUAUAAAGAAAAAGAUUUGAAAUUAGAUGAACUAAAAAAAUGUCUUGACCGACAACAUGAACGAGCGGUAACACGAUUGAUUACUUAUCGAUUUAUUGAUACAUUGAUGCAAAAAAUUGUCCAAUUGAUCGAUCAUCCUCAAGUAGCAAUGAUGCUUACUAUUCUUUUACCGCAGUUGAAAGAGUCAACAUUGAGUUGGAAUUGUUUCACAAACAUCGUUGCCGCAAAACUUCAACUCAAAAACGAGAUUCGAAACAAUUAUCAUUCUAUUCUUCACACAGCUCUACCCUGUUUAAUAUCAUCAGAAUCAAAAAUGUCCAUACAAAAUCUCUUCAAUUAUCUUAAUUUCGAGUAUUCAUCCGCUGGUCUUCUCUCUCUAGUAAAGUAUGAAUUUCCACAAAAACUUUUUCCAUUAAUAAAUGAUUAUUCUCUCCGAACAAAAUUUCUUGCCUACAAUUGGUUUCGAUUAUUUACUUUGCUAUUAUGUCAAAAUAUUCAAUGGGAUCAAAGUAAAGGAAAAUUCCAUCCGAUCUUAGAAGAACAACGAGACUUCUUAUUUCAAUCAUUUAUUCGAAAUAAACUUAUAUUACCUCAAACAAAUAAGACAGAAGGUCAUGAAAACCCGCCUGAUUCAUUCAAAGAUCUAGCUAUAGUUUGGUUUCUCUAUGUUCAAUUCCCUGAUCGUUCAAUCAAUCAAUAUUUAUUUCUUCUUCUUCAUUGUUUACAACUCUACACUCAUGUUCGACUCAUAUGCGCUAAUGUACCGUACAUUGAACGUUUACUCAAUAUCUAUCAUCACAGUGAGUUCAAAGUUACUCGAUUACUUGCAUUAAAAAUUAUACGUCAAUUGAUUUCAUAUCUUCCGAAUUACAAUAAUGAUGGAUCGAAAGAGUUGAUCGAUAAAUUUCUCCUCGAAAUUCUUCAUUCUAUUAGUGCGAGUUUUUCUUCUCAACAGCUGGCUGUGGAAUUAGUCACUGAAUUAAUUUACGUGUAUCGAAUGGUAAUGUCUCGUAGAUCAGCGUGGCAAUUGGUUGCUGCCAACUUCAUUUUUAAUUCGAUUACAUCACACCUAAACUUAUCAUCAUUUCACUCAAAUGAUACACUCGUCGCAUCAAUAUGCAUCUUGGGUGGAUACAUAGAUCCUAUAGGUUUAAGUUCAAUUGUUCAAGUAGCAACUGAUCAAGAAACGAACGAUGAAUCUCGUCUGGCAAUGGUCAUAGAUACAGAAUCAGACACCUCAUUCUAUUUCAUUCAGUAUCUCAAUGAAACUGUGAUUGAAUUGAUUACAAUUGAUCGACUUCGUGUUGUUGUACAAGUUCCACCACCUCAUUUAUUAUCGUUACCGUUAGUCAAGGUAUCGAUCGAUUCGAUUCUCGAUGCAUUCGGACAUUUUCUCCAACUACAUUCCACCGCAUCUGAUUCAUUGAUAUUCUUGCAAUUGAAACGUCGUUCUGUCUCAGUUCUUUUCCAUCUGUUGCAGGAUCAUAAGAUGGUAGAACUGUUUAUGAUUCGACCGUACGCGUCGCUUAUUGCUCAUUUGUCUAUGCCAGAUCCAUUAACGACAGCAAUUGAUCCUUGUUUCUUCAAUAAAGUAUUCUUAGAACAAUACUCUCUUCGUUUAGAUAUGUAUGAACGAUCGAAACAAAUGAUUGAUAAUCGUGAAGAUGUAAUCGAUGAACUCGAACAAAACCAUAUGAGUCACCAUUCGAUUGUAGCAGCUUUAUCAACACCGGUCUCAAAAUACAAUGGUUGGAAACCAUUCGCAUCAAAAACAGAAAUUGAUAUGUGGAAACAAGGUCGUAUUGGAAGCAAUAGAAUCAACUUGAUUCCGUUGCCAAUCACUGCUGCUAGAACACAAGUCUUUGAAAGAUGUGGUCAACAUCAUCAGUACAGAGGACGAAUCGUUCUUAAAGAAGAGUAUGUCAAUGGAUCAUUCCCGACCUUUAUUGUUCAGAACCUUCAAGUGACCGAAGGAAAAUGGUAUUUUUGUGUUAAACUAAACACGGGUGAUCUUGUUCAAAUCGGAUGGGCAACAAAAGGAUUUACGCCACGAAUUGAUGAUGAGAAUGGAAUCGGUGAUGACGAAUACUCCUGGUCUUAUGAUGGUUCACGAGGAAUGCUCUUUAAUAACGGUAUCUUUCGAAAACAAUUCAAUAAUAUUCGUUGGCAAAAAGAUGAUGUGUGUGGUUGUGGAAUAGAUAUCAAUGGCAAUAACACCAAUAUCAAGUACUGGUUAAAUGGAAAACUGUUAGGUACAGCUUUCAAACAUGGAACGACUAUUCCUCGUUCUACUAAGAAAUGUAAUCUACUUCCUCAUGGACCGGCAACAAGGUUUUUUCCUGGUGUCACUUUACAAUAUCGAAAUUCACCAUCGAACUGUUGUGAAAUGAUUUUCAGCCCAGAAGAUAUGAAACAAUGUCCUUUACCCGCCGAUUAUAAACCACUUCUACUGCCGACAUUAGUACACACAGAGAAUUCUCUCGUUGCUUAUCCUUUACAUGCUUAUGUCAUCGUUGGCAACGAUACAAAAGAUUAUUUCUACACAUCACGAAUGAUGCCAUCAAUUUCACUUUUACGUGAUUUCGUCAAUGAAGAUCAUCUCACAACUAACUUUCAGAUAGACGAGCAUGGACUUACUCUAUCAGAGAACAGCGAUGGUUUUCCAUUAACGAUAAAGCAGAAUUUCUUUACCAUCGCAUAUGAUUUUCAACUUUCUCAAAUCGAGAACGAAAUGCAAAUCCUCACAUUAGUAAUAAUAAACAAUGUUUCCAUCGAAAUUCCCUUGAAGAAACCGAACCAAACCAUCCGAAUAGCUAUGAUUGGGAAUAUCAGUGAACAACAAAUCAAAGUUUAUUGGAACAAUCAAAAUCAAACAUUUCAAAUACCAUUUUCAAAUGAAAAAACACAUCAACUGACUUUGUAUCAUUUACCAAAGAUUGCUGCUAGAAUGCAAAAUAUUGCUGUUUGGGACUUUGCUCUUUCCGAAGAUCAUGUUCGUCGUCUCUUUACCUAUGGUCUCUUUUACGUUGCAGCAGAUUAUCAACAAUUGCAAGAACAUCAAAAACAAAUAAACACGUUUUCCUUCAGAGAAAGACAAUUCUCCAAUCCACUUCUCAUACCAUUUGAUCAACCAUUUGAUGAAGAUAUUUGGGAAAUGAAGAAAAAACAAGCAGAUCAAAAUGAAUCGAAAUACUUUUCCAAUAAAGAUCUGUCAACAAUCAAACUGGUGGGAACUCGAGCGUACCUGGUUCUCGAAAAAUCCAUCGAAUCAUGGUCGGAAUAUACUAUCAUUUUGGAUGUAUCAAUCGGCUAUUGGCCGAGCAAAAGCAAAUAUUGGUCACUAGUGCAACUGAAUGAUAAAUCCGAAGUAUUCGUCACACACGAAGGUAAACUUGGUAUCAAAACUGGAAAAACCGAAAAAGAAAGUGAUGAGACUUUAAUUGCAAAUAAAUUCUACCGACUAUGGAUUACCGUUGACGAGUCAUCAUGUCAUAUUUUUGUGAAUGGAGAAUUACAAAUCAAUGUGCAAGUGAAAGAUGAUCGACUUGUUGCUCAAUCCAAUCGAUUUUAUUUAUUUCAAGAAAAAGAACUAACGAGUAAAACUACCAAAGAAGAUACCGUAAGAAUUCGUUGUCAGUCCAUCACUUUUCUCAAUCGAUCAACGGCGAUGAAUGAACAGAUGAAAACACCAAACUCUUCACUUCAAUCGUUAGUCGCACCACCAUUGUCGAUUAUUAUCCCAAGUUUAAUCGCCAUUGGUCACCAGCCAGAAUGGAUUCAAGAUAUCAUUGAACAAUACAAAACGAUGAAGAUUUCAACGAUUGAUCGUAUUCUACGUGAACAGAAAGAACAAUUGGAAAGGAAUGCGUUGGAUAAGAAGAACAAACAAUUCUUACAGAUUUUAUCUACAUUAAGUCCAACAAUCGAUCAACAUAAACUGAAUAAUUUAAUCUCUAAUUGGAGUUUUUCCAGUCAUGAUCAAGUCACUAAUGUUGGUCGAUUCAUUUUAACUCAUUGGAAUGAUUUACAACGAACAGAAUCGACGAACCAAGACAGUGAAUUUGAUAUGAAAAGAUGGAUUGACGAUCUAUCGAUCAUGACAAUAGAAGGUGGUGAUGUGAUGCUAGCGGAAAAAACAAACCGUAGUAAUACUCGAUUCACAUUGGCGUCAUCAUCAAGCGAUUCCGAAGAUGUGUUAGAAGAAGAAGACUCUUCCAGCAGCGACGAAGAACCAGUACUUAAUGAUAAUGAUGAUGACGACUCUUCUGACUCAUCGUUGGUUUAUCAACACGAACCGUGUGUGAAUACUAAUGGUGAUGGAAUGUUUACCAAUCGAUUACUUGACUUAACUCAAGAACAACGUGAAGAAUUCACCACUCUUGAAACUGAACAAAAAGCAAUGGAAUUUUUAAAGGAAGACAUUUCUAGUCAACAAUAUAAUCAAUCUCGUAUCAGUUGUGAACAAAGACUAUCAACAAUCUAUGCUCGUGAUACACUUAUGAAUAUGAUUAAAGUUUGGUCGAAUAACUCAACGACUCUUUUUCCUUUGAACAAAUUUGGUGAUUCAACUUUUCUAGUAAAACUAUAUCGAUUGAUGUUCUCUCAUUACAACAUGGGCUUAUUAAUUACUUCGCUGCUGAAAGUCGAAUUGAAACAAUUUCUUGAUCAAAAUUUGGAAAAUAAAGCAUCAUUACUCUGUGCAUUGCAAGAGAGUAUUUGUGAUCAAAUCAUGCAAUUUCUAGUUGAACCAGCUUCAUUAAAGGAGAAUAACUCUGACGAAGAAACGAUUUUUAUUUGGAAAGCACUUAAUCUUCUUGUCGAAUUGCUCAAAGAUAAAUCGACAAUAAAACAAAAUCAAAUCGAUAUUCUACUUCCAUUAUUAUUUCCUAUUCCUAUGACUUAUUUAAUCUUCAAACUCUUCCUAUCAAUGGAAAGUCAUUCAUCAAAAAUCAUCAUUCUCCGUCUUUUUUCCAAUUUACUUCAAAUCAGUCAUUCAUUCAAAUUGAACACACAAAUAGAACAGUUUCUCUUUACAUUACUUCGAGAUUUUCCAUCGAACGAACCGACGUUGAAUUCACUUCGUUUGUCUGUCAUGGAUGUAGUGUUUCUUUUCACUGAACAAGAUGCUGAAUCGCAACAUAAUCAAUUGCCGGAAAAUGUUCGUAGUCUCUUCACAACUAUCCACAUGAUCCGUGCAAUGACAGAUCAAAGCAAACAAGCACCAGUACCGGAACCAUUUUUUACCGAAUCUGAAACUCUACUAGGAGAUGAAAUGCAAUUGAACCGUGAGGAUUUUGACAAAUCUAAUCGUCAUUUUGAUCGGCAAUCUGAUCUUCAAUUAAUCGAUCUAAUGAACAAAAGUCAAGCUUCAUGUACGUCUUGUACUGAAUUUAUUCAUAUUCUACCGACGGAGUCUGUUCCAAACUUAACGUUUUAUCAGAAUUAUCCAUCGUUAUCGAGUACUCCCGCUGAUUGUGUUGUAAUUCGAGCGAAAGUUCUGUGUCAUUUACAACUUCGCAUCAUUAACGCUCUACCCUUCGUCGAUUGCAAUUUAUUACCAGGAGAAAGUUUUCUAACGGAUCAAAUUCGAAAAGCAAAGAUGUAUCUUCUCUCUUUCAAGAAACAUCAACUUCUUGAUCAAACAAUGCUAGCUACUGAAUCAGGAUAUAAUCGUGGACAUCUUCAAGUCAGUUUUGAUAUUUUAGACGCUACUACGUCUAAUGAAAACAAUGAAAAUACCAUGUUUCAUCAAGCGUUCCAACAGCUAUAUGAUAAAGCACAGGAUCAAUUCAGAAAAAAAGAUGUACAAAUUUGGAAAGCGCAGUAUCUAAAUAUGCAUAGUACAGAUCAAGGCGGUCCUUAUCGUGAUUCAAUUACUCAGAUAUGUUUAGACAUUUGUAGUAUACGAUUACCCCUGUUCAUCUUAUGUCCAAAUGGUCGAACUAACAGUGGUUCAAAUCAAGAUUGUUGGAUUCCUAAUGUUUUUCUACCGAGCAAGCCCAUUCCAGAUAAAUUAAAGAAACAAUAUCGUUUUGUUGGACAAUUAAUAGGAUUAGCCAUUCGAAAGAAACAUUAUUUGAACAUUAAAUUUGCUUCACUACUUUGGAAAGGAUUACUCUACGAUCGGAUCACGAUCGAUGAUAUUCAAGCGAUCGAUUCACAAAGUUUUACAUUGAUUCAUAGUAUUGAACAACAAAUUGAUGAUAAUACCAAUAUUGAUUAUAUCUUCAAUAGUAUUUUUAGUGAACUAAGCUUCGAAGUGAUGAGUUCAGCGCAACAAAGUUUUGAAUUAGUGCCUGGUGGAAGUCAAAUUCCAAUUACUGCAGAGAAUUUCAAAGAAUAUUCUUACCAUUAUCGUCAAUACCGACUGAAUGAAUUUCAUCGACAAAUUGACUAUAUUCGUCAAGGAUUACAUUCGGUCGUCCCUGCUUACUAUUUAAAUCUGUUUACUGCCAGUGAACUAGAAGAAGCUGUCUGUGGAAAAGGUCAUAUUGAUGUCGAAUUAUUAAAACGAAAUACAAGAUAUCGUCAUGGUUAUAAUGAAAAUUCACCGGUGAUUGAAAAGUUUUGGAAAGUAAUGAGUGAAAUGUUUACUGAGGAACAAAAGAGAAUGUUGUUAAUAUUCGCUUGGGGACGAAGUACAUUACCAAUUCGAGAUGAAGAUUUCUCAACAAAAUUCGUGAUUGGCAAAUUUCGUGUAGAAAACGAUAAUGUUGAUCAAACACUUCCAUUAUCUCACACCUGUACUUUUACCAUGGAUCUACCAGAAUAUUCCACGAUAGAAAUCAUCUAUGAACGUUUGGAUUAUGCUAUCACACAUUGUUCAAGUAUUGAUGGUGAUGGAAACAUGAAUAUACCAGUCCCCAACAAUUACAGCGAUGAUUCAUAUAGUGAUGACGAUGACUGA